UAUGAGUGUGUGUGUGCGCGUCUGCUGCUGUUUUGUGGGAGGGUUUGGAACUCUGACUCAUCCUGAUGGAAAACGGGAGGAGUCUAGGAAAAAGAGAGUGAGGGAGAAAGAGAAGGAGAGAGACGUGUAUCAGCUGAGGAAGGACAUUAGCAGAUAUUAGCUGUAGACUUCCAGAAACCACAAAGACGAGAUCCUGCAGUUCACCAGCAACAAGUGAUCACUCCGUGUCGUCGGCUCAUUCUCUGUGCAGAAAACAGGAAAGAAAUGGAGGAGUGGAUCGCGGCGCUCAAGAGUGUUCAGAACAGAGAGCACUUUGAGUCGACUCAGUUCAGUAUGGAUCAUUUCUCUGGGAUGCACAACUGGUACGCCUGUUCCCACGCGCGGCCCACCUACUGUAAUGUCUGUCGAGAGGCUCUUUCUGGAGUCACGUCUCACGGCCUUUCCUGCGAAGUGUGUAAGUUCAAGGCUCAUAAGCGCUGUGCGGUCAGAGCCACCAAUAACUGCAAAUGGACCACACUGGCCUCUAUCGGCAAAGACAUACUGGAGGACGAGGAUGGGAUCUCGAUGCCUCAUCAGUGGCUGGAGGGGAAUCUGCCGGUCAGUGCUAAGUGUACAGUGUGUGAUAAAACCUGCGGCAGCGUCCUCAGACUGCAGGAUUGGCGCUGUCUCUGGUGUAAAGCCAUGGUGCAUGCUGGCUGUAAAGAUCAGCUCUCUCCAAAGUGUCCUCUGGGUCAGUGUAAAGUCUCUGUGAUUCCACCCACAGCCCUCAACAGCAUCGACUCGGACGGUUUCUGGAAAGCGACUUGUCCCCCGACCUGCACGAGUCCACUGCUGGUGUUUGUGAACAGUAAAAGUGGAGAUAAUCAGGGUGUGAAGUUUCUGCGCCGCUUUAAGCAGCUGUUGAAUCCAGCGCAGGUGUUUGACCUGAUGAACGGCGGUCCACAUCUGGGGUUGCGUCUUUUUCAGAAGUUUGACACGUUUCGUAUUCUGGUGUGUGGAGGAGACGGCAGCGUCGGCUGGGUUUUGUCAGAGAUAGACGCGCUGACUUUACACAAACAGUGCCAGCUGGGUGUUCUUCCUCUGGGCACGGGAAAUGACCUGGCUAGAGUUCUGGGAUGGGGAUCGGCGUGCGAUGAUGACACACAGCUACCGCAGAUCCUGGAGAAACUGGAGAGAGCCAGCACUAAGAUGCUGGACAGGUGGAGCAUUAUGGUUUAUGAGACCAAGUUACCGCGGCAACACUCCAGCUCCACGGUGACGGAGGACUGUAGUGAUGACUCAGAGGUGCAGCACAUUCUGACCUAUGAGGACUCUGUUGCUGCUCAUCUCUCCAAAAUCCUGACAUCCGAUCAGCACUCUGUAGUCAUUUCCUCUGCCAAAGUCCUGUGCGAGACCGUAAAGGAUUUUGUGGCAAAAGUUGGACGUGCGUACGAGAAAAACACUGAAAACUUAGAGGAAUCAGAGGCCAUGGCUAAAAAG